CAUUCACUGUAACCCACCAUGGAGGGGCUGAUAAGCGGUGGCUGCAAACCUUCCAUGUGUAGCAGGGGUUCGAUCCAUUUCGGUGGCUAAUUGCGGUUUAGUAACAUUGCCUCUUUUGAAUCGUUUACAUCAUACCACCAAUCAUAAAGCCUAUGAUGCCAGGAGUAGUGUUGUCGUGAUUGAACAGAUUAUUUUUCUUUCAAUCUUGUGGCGAGCGAAACUGACUAGUGACGGUAAAUCUAUCAAUAACGUGUGAUACGAGUUUGCAGUUUAGAUUUUGAGCUGUAGUGAGUGAAUGAAUACAAACAAGAUUGUUCGUCGUAUUUAAAAUAAUCUGAAGUGUAACCAAGUGGAAAAAGUGGCAAAACGAUCCUCAGUGCAGCCCUGUUGCAGCGAAUCGUGGAGAGUAUAGCGAGCUGUUUCUUCCAAGAUUCUGAAAGCAUAUUCAACCAAAAUGAGUGCUCAAGAACGCAGAGCUUCAUUCGCGCGUCGUGCAGAGAGCCUAAUGGAAAAGCGAUAUGCAGUCAAUACGGAGAAGAGCGGAGAGAUCAUCGUUACAGUGCAGGGCGAUCUAUCGCAGCAGGAAAAGCGAGCUGUCUUCCUCACCGUUCACGAUUUGGGAACCAACCAUUCCUCGUUUGAGGAGUUCGUCAACAGCGCGUGCAUGAUCGAAAUCAAAGAACGGUCAUGCUUCAUCCACAUCGAUGUGCCCGGUCAUGCGGAUAAUGCACCCAAUCUGGCAGAAUCGUUCCAGUUUCCAUCACUGCAGCUGCUGGGCGAAGAGCUGAUCACGGUGCUGGACUUCUUGCACGUGAAGUAUGUGAUCGGUGUGGGCGAAGGUGCUGGAGCAAAUGUGCUGGCCCGUUUCGGUCUGGCCCAUCCAUCGCGUUGCCUCGGGCUUAUCCUGAUCAACGUCACGGGAUCGGCAGCCUCGGUGCUGGAUGUGUUCAAGACGAAAUUCAUCUCCUGGAAGGGCGACGAGGUUGGCCAGUCAGCCGAGGAUUUCCUGCUUUACCAUAAAUUUGGCUACCAACUGGUAGGCGAUAAUCCCGAUAAGGAAAAGAUUGUCGCCGAAUUCCAGAGCCGUCUGCACAGCUCGCUUAACAGCAAAAACAUCAAGCAAUACGUUAAAGCAUUUAUGUCGCGCAAAGAUUUGCCACUGAAGAAUUGUAAAGUCGAUCUAUUGCUGAUCACUGGCAUCAUGAGCCCAUACGCCAGUGUCGUUGAGAAGCUGUACAAGGAUCUGAACAAGGAGAAGGUCACGCUGCUGAAGGUGGAACGAGCUGGUGAUGUGUUGGCUGAUGCUCCUGCAAAAGUUGCCCAAUCGAUACUGCUAUUCUGUAAGGGUCAGGGCUUGCUGACCUCGGUGGCGAUGCCGGGUGUGGAUCGCAACCGUGCAUUCUCGACCAGUUCCGGCGGUUCGACCGAGGGUGCGCUCGGACCGAGGCGUCUAUCGCGCGGUAUGUCGAUGGAGGACUACGACAAACCUAACAUCAGACGGCUCAGCGUUACGAUCAACGAGCAGCUGCCACCGAUUAAGAAGUAGAUUAUCUUAUCGCUUUUCCUAGCCUUUUUCGAGACGUGUAUUGAAGAUGUUAAAGAACUUUAGUGAAUCAUCGGCAGGACCGCAACGAUUGAAACGAAUACAGAAGGAAACGAUAUUAAUCUGAGAUAUAUCAUCAAUUUUCUACCAAAAACCAACACAAAUCUUAAAAUAAUACACCCUUCCCAUCAGAACCCACCUCAUCGGUAUAUACUUCCCAGACAAUGGAAUAAUGUUUCACCUCAAAAAUGCUACUUGUAGAGCUGUCCUGGCAUAGUUUUGUGGUUUGAGAGGUUUGCGUAGCACAAUUUCACACAAAUGCAUUAUAAUGAUGAUGCUCGUAGGAAGAAGGUGCAACGCAUUCUAGACUUCACGCACCGUAUAGCAGUAGCAAUGAUCACUUUGAUAGCGACCCGCCUACCUGGAUCGAUUUGUAUGAUUUCUAGAGCCUAUGCAUAUACAAUUCUACACUUCAAACUCACUGGAAUAUAAAGCAGACGCAUAUAUAUAUAUAUAUACAUUUACAUAUAUAUUUAAAUUGGCCACUCUACUGUGCGAGAGUAAAGCAGGGCGCGUUGGAAGGGACAAGUAACAAUUUAAACAUAUGUAGCGAGUAGAGACAUCACGUUGUUGGAAUUCGUUCGGAAAACAUAAAUUUAAAAGAAAGAACGAAAUUAAUGAAAAUUGUCAGAAAACUAUACAUAAAUAUAUAUACAC